AUGUCAGAUUGGUUGAGGGAAGGAUCCAGCUGCACGCGUUCAACGGUUUUUCUUGCUGAUUCCAUCACUAAUGCUUUCCGUAAAGCUGAAGUCACUGCCCCUUCACCUAGGCUGAUCUGCUGGAACAAUAACAACUGUCAGUGUACUAUUUUGAAUGUUGAUGGCAGUUGUCUCGAUGUUCCCAUUCGCACAGGUUUUGGAGGUGUCUUUCGUGACAACACAGGAACAUACAUAGCAGGUUAUUCGAGCUACAUCAGUCAUUCUCAGGAAUUUGCAGAGCUCACAGCUCUUUAUCAAUGGUUAAGGUUGGCGAUCAACUUAAAUUGUGAGGAAUUGACGUGCUAUUCAGACUCCCUUCUUGCAGUCAACCUCAUCAAAGAUGAUUUAAAUCAUUUUCAUGUUUAUGUUGUUCUCAUACAAAGCAUCAUGGUUUCUCGUAAUUUCAACCUUCAUCAAUCACUCAUAGAGGGAAAUCAGUGUGCGAACUUUAUGGCUAAAUUGGAGCAUCGAAUGAUGUUGAAUUGA